CAACGGGCAGCUGAAGCAAAGCGAACUGGAAGCGCUCGUGAGAAGAAUGAGCAGCCUCCAACAUGGAAGACUUAGCCGAGGCAAAAACCGGAAUCCGGAGCUGGGCACCCCCCACGUGGUAGUCAGGAGACCUGGGCCAGGCAAGAGUCGGGGAGCGCCUGCGGCUCUGAGGGGCAGAACUGAGAGAACAGAACUAGCAAGGUUAGGUCUGUCGAGCAGCCUCACUACAAGUUCAGAGCAGAGUGACUGCUCCAGCAGGAAGGGUCACUGACCCACCCCCUUGCUUCUGAGAGGAUCAGAACGGACAGAAGGAUGAUAAGUGGGGUGCACUUAGUGACAAUGCCCGUGUGGCAAUCAACUUAAGAGCGAUUUAAGUCAAUUUGAACAAAUCCUAAGCAAGAGUGACCUGUGCCCCUUCGGAUUAUGUGUUUGUAUAUGAGUCAAAAGGGCCACAAAUGUCUCUCGAGGAUGGGCUUGCUUUUUGGUCACUGUGAUUACUGCAAUGACACCAAAAAUAGAUCAGUCUGAUUAUGGGUACUAGAAUCCAACAGAGCAAUGAAAGUUUGGGUCCUUUCCCUCCCCUAAGUUCUUAGCAUACUCAGCUUUAUCCUUUUUUUUUUUUUUUUUUUUUACGUUUUUUGUUUUGUUUUUAAUGUUUUUAUUUUUGAGAGCAUGUGAGUGCGGAAAGGGAAGAGAAAGAGGGAGACACAGAAUCGGAAGCAGGCUCCAGGCUCUGAGCUGUCAGCACAGACCCUGAUGCAGGGCUUGAACUCACAAGCUGUCAGAUCAUGAUCUGAGCUGAAGUCAGACGCAUAAAGGACUGAGCCACCCAGGCGCCCCUUAGCUUCAUCCUUAAAUCAACUGACAUGGGAGGGAAGGGGAAAGGAGGUUCAAGGGGACGGCACUAAAGGGCAGAGACACCCAAUGUCACUAAGCAAGACUUUUUAAGUUCCAAGCGGCUACCUGCUUAGGCUGAAUAAAUGAACUUCUAAAUUUCUGCUCAAAGUUCUGUAUCUUCAUUGCUGACACCAUAUAUUUGAGUUUGGGUCCGUCUGCAACUCAGCAACCACUGCCAUACUGCCUUUCGGUUGGGGACCUUGGGCUUGCUGCCCCACUGUCAUAAUAUUCCUUCCUCAUUCUUGCACUGGACCAAUGGCAGAAUGUCAUGAAAUUAAGAGUAUGUUUAACUCGUGGCUCAGCUUCAAAAGAAAAAAGAAAAUGUACAUACACAUGCCGUGUCAAUUUAUACCAGAUUUAACAUUGGGUUACCGAUUGUAUUUUGCCCCUGUAUGUGGACUCUAACCUCACUUGUUCACAUUUUGAACAUACCACUUUACGACUAAGAAGUAAUCCCCUUUAAAAUAAGGUGUAAGUUAGAAUCCGAAUUCAACUUCUCUACACUACAUCUGCACACAGGGAGUUUGUCUUAUACCUCUCCACUGCUUAGUAUUUGAACACUAAAAUACCUACUGUCCUCUGCAUGAAAGCAUUGGAACUGAGGUCUAGGGAUGUUCUAUCCGGCCUCCACUUCCUCACACUUGCUGUAACUCAGGGCACAGUAACUAUUUAUUUUGCCCUGCCACCUGUCACAUUUAGGAGGGGCAGAGGAGCGCGGCCGUGGGACUGUCAGCUUCGCCUGCUAUGCUGACCUCCAGCACUUGACCUUUCAAAGACCGCUGGAGAAAGACGCCCAAAGCUUCUUCCGGGAUCUUCCAGGGCCCGGUACUUGGUCGUAGCAAGACCGAGGCGCAAUUCCUAGUGGCUUGCAAGUUUCCAGCGGGGAGGACAAAUCUAACUGAACACUGAGGCCACCUCUCUGACCCUUUGGGAAAUGGCCGGAGGUUAGGAAACGCAUCACCGCGGCCUGCCGAGCCCAGAGGACUCGCCUCACAAACGGGAGCCCUCGCAAACAGGCGGGCCGCGCACGGUGCCAGGAUCGGAAGACCCGCCGGGUGCCCCCUCCCGGCCCCAGGCGGCGCGGCGCGGCAGGGCUGUGGGAGACUGCGCGUGCGCGCUGGGCGGCCGGUUCCGGAGACGACGUCCCCAGCCGCCUCCCGUCUCCCGCGACAGCAUGAAGACCGCCGAGGACGCCAGAGGAGUGCAUGGCGAGGGGCCACGGAGGCUAGGCCUCUGCCUCCUCUGCGGCCUCCCCGCGGCAGGAAAAUCGACCUUCGCGCGGGCCCUAAGCCCCCGGUUACGGCAGGAGCGGGGCUGGGCGGUCGGCGUGGUCGCCUAUGAUGACGUCAUGCCGGACGCGUUCCUCGAGGAGGCGAGCGCGCGGCCGUUGCCAUCCCAAUGGAAGGUGCUUCGACAGGAACUGUUGAAGUACCUAGAAUACUUCUUGUUGGCUGUCAUUAACGGGUGUCAGAUGUCUACCCCACCCAACAGGACUGAAGCCAUGUGGGAGGAUUUUAUAACCUGCUUAAAGGACCAAGAUCUGAUAUCUUCUGCUGCACCGGAGGCCCAGUCUUGCUAUCUCUUAACAAAGACUGCUGUUUCUAGACCUUUGUUUUUGAUUUUAGAUGACAACUUUUAUUAUCAAAGUAUGAGAUAUGAAGUCUACCAACUGGCUCGGAAAUAUUCAUUAGGCUUUUGCCAGCUUUUUUUAGAUUGUUCCCUGGAGACCUGUUUACAGAGGAACGGCCAGAGACCCCAGGCGCUGCCUGCUGAGACCAUCCACCUGAUGGGAAGAAAGCUGGAAAAGCCCAACCCCGAGAAAAAUGCUUGGGAACACAACAGCCUCACAAUUGAGAGUUCAGAAUGUUCUUCCGAAGCCAGCCUGAAGUUGACCGAUUUAUUGCUUACUGCUUUGGAAAAUCCAGUAAAAUAUAUUGAGGACAAUGUGGAACAAAAGGAAGCAGACAGAAUCGUUUGUUCAACCAACCUUCUUCAUCAAGCCGAUCAGAUGCUCCGAAGGAUUGUCUCUCAGACGAUGAAGGAAGCAAAAGAAACCGAAGGGGCAAGUGCUCCUAAUCAGGAAGACCAGCGAGCAGUGGGGACUACAAGCCUUUUCUCUUGGAUCCCAGUCCAGGAACCUAUACACUCAAGUGUCAGAAGGGACAUUUUUGGUGCUGCAACUUCAUGGGAAUAGCAGUACUAUUUGUGUGAACACAUCAAGCCGCCUCCUCCACUGUUUCCUCCCUGCUUCACCAGGAGAAAAGUGAUCUUGCUGGUCGGUGAAAACCCAAUAUCCAACAGUGCCACGGCAUGGGAGGGACAAGGCUGUGUCCCCCUCUCCGAUUUCUCUCUCGAGCCGGUGACUCCAAAGAUUUAAUGUGCAUGUAUAUGAAUCACAUGAGUAGCUUUUAAAAAUACAGACUGAUUCAGUAGAUCUGCACUG